AGAGUCCGCCUCUCUCUGGGAGGCCACAGAGCCAGGAGGGUUUCUGGAGACAGUCUGCUACUUGGGACCCAGCAUCCAAGUGCCCCAUAUUUCAUGCAGGUCGGAUCAUAAGGCAGCCUUCUGUCAGUCUGCUCUGCCCCUUCCCUCGAGGAGCGCCCUGCCUUGCUGACUUUCUCUGCCUCUGGCUUCCUGUGAUAGGUGGUGUCAUUCCCCUCCAACCUGAGUGCUGGCAGGUACACUGCUGGCCACCAGCAGAUGCCCAUGAAGAUGCUGACAAUGAAGAUGCUGGCCCUGUGCUUGGUUCUUGCUAAAUCAGCCUGGUCGGAGGAACAGGAGAAGGUGGUUCAUGGAGGCCCGUGUUUGAAGGACUCCCACCCUUUCCAGGCUGCCCUCUACACCUCAGGUCACUUGCUGUGUGGUGGGGUCCUCAUUGACCCACAGUGGGUGCUGACAGCUGCCCACUGCAAAAAACCGAAUCUGCAGGUGAUCUUGGGGAAACACAACCUACGGCAAACAGAGACUUUCCAAAGGCAAAUCUCAGUGGACAGGACUAUUGUCCAUCCCCGCUACAACCCUGAAACCCACGACAAUGACAUCAUGAUGGUGCAUCUGAAAAAUCCAGUCAAAUUCUCUAAAAAGAUCCAGCCUCUGCCCUUGAAGAAUGACUGCUCUGAGGAGAAUCCCAACUGCCAGAUCCUGGGCUGGGGCAAGAUGGAAAAUGGUGACUUCCCAGAUACCAUUCAGUGUGCUGAUGUCCAUCUGGUGCCCCGGGAGCAGUGUGAGCGUGCCUACCCUGGCAAGAUCACCCAGAGCAUGGUGUGCGCAGGCGACAUGAAAGAAGGCAACGAUUCCUGUCAGGGUGAUUCUGGAGGUCCCCUAGUAUGUGGGGGUCGCCUCCGAGGGCUCGUGUCAUGGGGUGACAUGCCCUGUGGAUCAAAGGAGAAGCCAGGAGUUUACACCGAUGUCUGCACUCAUAUCAGAUGGAUCCAAAACAUCCUCAGAAACAAGUGGCUGUGACAUGAGACAUCCAGUUCUCCCCCACGACGCCUCUGACCCUCGCUGGCUCCAUACUCUCUCUCCCUGAAGCCCUGCCCUGCUCUCAGAGCCUUCAGAUGUCCAGCUCUGACCCUGGUACUUAAUAAAUGUAGUGACACAGAGCACAGAA